AUGCAGAACUCUAAACUCCAGAUAUCGUUAUCGAACGCUUCGAAAAUAUACUUUCCAGGGCAAGUUGUACGCGGUGAAGUGGAACUAUACUUAAAUGAACCGCUGAGCUUCUCAGUCAUUAUAACAUCUAUUUCUGGAAUUGCCACCAUUAAAACAAAUGGUACAGAUGGUAGCCCUCAACGGAAUAAACGAGUUCGAGUAUACUUUGAAAAGGUUUUCCAGUUCUGCAGCCUCUCUAAUGGAGUAAACAAUAAAAAUCCACUUUGGAAUGAAGGAUCACAUAAAUAUAAUUUUACAUACAAGCUUCCAAAAGGCAUCCCAUCCUCAUUUGAAUCUCCUGAUGGCCAUGUGAGGUACAAAAUUUGUGCCUUUGUUGAUGCUGCCGAGACACAGAACCAAAACUUGACAGAUAUGAGAUUCUUUUGUGUCAACAGUGUUUUAAAUUUAAAUGGAAUCAACAAAAUAUCGAGCCCAAAAACUGUUUUCAAACAUGACGAACUGUCUUGUUUAUGUAUACGUUUUCGAACUGUUUCUGUGGUUCUUAGUCUAAUGAAAAGAGGCUUUGUGCCUGGAGAAAAUAUUGUAAUAAAUGCAGUUAUUUAUAAUGGAACUAGCAGUGUAAUUCCACGUGUUGAAGCUAAACUGGUACAGAGAGUGAAAUACAAUUUCAAGAAUUAUUCAAGUGAACUGAAGGGCACAGUAGCAGAAAUUGUUAGAGGGCCAGUUAUGCCCUCUGAAUCCCAAAUAUGGCGAAAUGAGAAACUUCUUAUUCCACCAGUUGUAACUUCUCAGUUGCUGAGUGGGAACCUCAUUAAUGUUGAUUACAAGAUGUGUAUUUUGAUGUAUGUUGAUUUCUACAUCAGCAGCCUCAGUACUCUUGUGUGUCUGGUAGAUCCAGGUUGUGGUAGGGAGGGUGGCAUCCAGGCUGCCAUCUUAGUGCCUGGUGGGGGAAGCAUAGGGAAAGAAGCAGGCCCUGGCACAGUUGCUUUGCUGCUGCCGAUGGCCACUCUCAUGGCUGCAGGAACAGACCGUGAGGGUUGGCUCACCGUGAGCUUAAUUCUGGUGGGGCAGCUGCCGUAG